CUCUUUUAUCUCUUUGCUAAAAUGCUUCGCAACGAAGCGCGAGAGCAAUGGAGGGAAAAUGCUCUCUCACGUUUGUAACAGAAAACCCUAAUCUAUAGCUCCAACUUGGCCACAGAAAACCGUCAUUUGAAGCUCAAAGUUUCGUUUCUCAAAACCCCAAAACCAGGCGUAUACACGUUAGUUUCAAGCUCUAGGAUUCCCAGAUAUCCAGCGGAAUAUUUGGAAUUUGUAGAUGAUCGAGAUCUUUCUUUGCACCUAAAUAGUUUCAAUCUGGAUGGUCACUGGUUGUGCAAAUAUGGACAGGCUCAAUGGUCCGGCUCGUCUCAUGAUAGUUUCAGAUCUCGACCAUACCAUGGUGGACCAUCAUGAUCCUGAAAACUUAUCAAUUCUCCAAUUUAAUGCCUUAUGGGAAGCCAAUUUCCGACUUGAUUCCUUGUUAGUUUUCUCUACUGGACGAUCGCCAACCCUUUACAAACAGUUGAGGAGGGAGAAACCCAUGCUGACUCCUGACAUAACUAUAAUGUCGGUGGGGACAGAGAUAACAUAUGGGGAAUCAAUGGUCCCUGAUGAUGGUUGGGAAGAGUUUUUGAAUCAAAAGUGGGAUAGGAACAUUGUUAUUGAGGAGACUGCUAAGUUUCCCCAACUUCAGUUUCAGUCAGGAACAGAGCAGCGGCCUCACAAGGUUAGCUUUUAUGUAGAGAAGGAACAUGUCCAGGAAAUCAUGAAAAGUCUCUCUGAGCGUCUGGAGAAGCGCGGCUUGGACAUCAAGAUAAUAUACAGUGGUGGGAUGGAUCUGGAUGUAUUGCCACAAGAAGCGGGGAAGGGACAGGCUUUGGCAUAUUUGCUCAAAAAGUUCAAGUCUGAGGCAAGGCCUCCAGUAAAUACUCUUGUCUGUGGAGAUUCUGGCAACGAUGCAGAGCUUUUUAGUGUUCCUGAUGUUUAUGGUGUAAUGGUCAGCAAUGCUCAAGAGGAGCUUUUGCACUGGUAUUCACAAAAUGCCAAACACAAUCCUAAAGUAAUUCAUGCAACCGAAAAGUGUGCAGCAGGAAUAAUACAAGCUAUAGGUCAUUUUGGAUUGGGCCCUGGUGCAUCUCCCAGGGAUGUUACAGACUAUUCUCAAUCAAAGUCAGGAACCUUGACUCCUGCGCAUGAGAUAGUGAAGUUCUAUACUUUGUAUGAGAAAUGGCGUCGAGGAGAAGUUGGGAAUGCAGAGAGUCAUCUCCAGGAUUUGAAAAGAACGUGUCAACCAAAUGGAGUAGCGGUCCACCCAUGGGGAUUUGAGCAACCACUUCAUGAAUGCAUAAAUGCAUUGGGUUCAUGUUAUGGGGAUAAACAAGGGAAGAAAUUCUGUGUAUGGGUUGACAAAGUGUCGUCUUCCCAAAUUGGCUCAGAUAUAUGGCUCGUGAAGUUUGAUAAAUGGGAAAUGGUUGAUGAAGAGCGCCGUUGCUGUCUUACUACGGUGUUACUCCAGUUACAGCCGGAGAGUUUUGAUGGAUUCAUAUGGGUACAUUUGCAUCAGACAUGGUUAGAUGGAUUCAGAAAUGGACAACAUACGGGAUGGUUUUUCUGAGUACGGAAGGAUUUGACAACCAAUUUUUCCCCUUGGUUAAAGAAAUAAUUCUUGUUAUGUUCCCAGGUAUAAUAAUCUGGGAGUAUCUUCACUCCUUUUCGCCUUUUCUUAUCAUAUACUAUGCCAUUUUGCUAAUUUUAUGCUUAAUUAAAGCCACCUAUGUAUUUGUCUCGA